AUGAGCAGCGACCAGGACCUUGCCACCUCUGGCAGCAAGGUCAUCCACUUUCCCGAGGGAACCUUCAACCCCGAACCUCAGCCACCGUUCGACUACCACUCCCUCGAUGGCCAGGACCCGGUUAUUUGUAUCGACAAUGGGUCUCACUCAUGGCGCGCCGGCUUCUCUACGAUGUCGAAGCCCUACAUCGACAAUCCUAAUGUUAUCGCUAGGUAUCGCGAACGGAAGAUCGGCAAGAACAUGCUCCUCUUCGGCAACUACGUCGACGCGGACGCCAACUCGCGUUCGAACACGAGAAACAUGUUCGACGGUGACCUUCUGAUCCAUGGUGAUCUUUUGGAAUGUGCCCUCGACUACACGUUCCUUACCCUUGGCAUCGACUCGGAUCGGAUAGAGCAGCCGAUCGUUAUGACGGAACGCCUGACGAACCCGCUGUUCACGAGAGCCAUUAGGAUACCAUUCGGAGGAGCACAGGCUUCGGAGCUCAUGCUGAAACUGGUCCAACUCAAGUAUCCGUCCUUCCCCUUGAAGAUUACCGGCGGCCAGGCGACUUCGGAGCUCCGAUCACUCGAGGAUCCGGUCGAGAUGGCCGAGAUGACCAAGAUCGUUCAGUUCCCCUUUACUCAGCCCGAGGUUGUCGAGAAGUCGGAGGCAGAAAUUGCGGCUGCCCUGGCCCGCAGGAAGGAGCAGGGUCGGAGACUUCAAGAGAUGCAAGCGAAGCAGCGUGCUGAGAAGCUGGCUGCCAAGAUUGCUGAGGUGGAGGAGUUCAAGGCGCUUCUGGCCGAGCGUGGCUCAAUGAAGAAGGCCGAGUUUGCCCAGCGCAUCUACGACUCGACGCCUUUUGAGACGGAAGCUGAAGUUGAGGCAUACAUCAAGAAGACUGAAGCCGAAAUCAAGCGGAAGCAGCGAAAGGAUCUCGGGGAAGACCCGGAGCCCGAAGAAGAGCCGACAUUCCCGCUUGUGGACCGGCCAGACGAGGAGCUGAACGAAGAGGAACUGAAGGAGAAACGCAAGCAGCGUCUCAUGAAGGCUGGCUGGGAGGCUCGUGUCAAAGCCCGCAACGAAAAGCAGAAGGAGAAGGAGCGCCUGCUGGAGCGAUUGGAGAUCGAGGAGAGGACCAAUAAUCUCGAGCGGUGGUCAGCCAAACUGCGGAAAGAGCAGGACGAGGUGAUCGAGCGUAUGAAGGAGCGGAAGAAGCGACAGGCGCAGCUCGGCGACCGCAAGUCGGCGGCUGCCCAGAAUCGCAUGAAGUCGAUCGCUGCAUUGGCAGCCGACAGCAACGGCGGGCAAAAGGAUGAUGGGUUUGGGCGAGACGACAGCGACUGGAAUGCCUACCGCGAGAUCGUGAACUCCGAUGCCGAGGAGGAUGACGCAGCUGCUCUGGAGAGCAUAGAAGCUCGUCUUCUCGAAUUUGACCCAAGCUUUACUGAGGACGACACCAUGGAGGGCCGUGUGCGUCGCAAGAACGCUCUCCUCAAUAACUUUGUCCGAGGCGGUACAGGCGGUCGUUAUGACGAGGAGAGCGUGGAGCAGAGCUACCAGGUCCACUUGAAUGUGGAGCGAAUCCGUGUUCCGGAGACCUGGUUCCAGCCGUCCAUGUUCGGCAUGGACUCCGCUGGUAUUGGUGAGAUGUCGGGGUGGAUCCUGAAUGGAUUCGAGCCCGAUAUUCGCGAGCGCCUCAUGCAGUGUAUCGUCCUUUCCGGCGGCUCGACGAAGCUUCCUGGGUUGCUGCAGCGUACCCGCAACACGUUGACACCCAUGCUUCCGUACCGGAAGCCGUUGAAGAUCUACGGUGCGGUCGGUGGAGAUGAUCCCCGAUUGGAGGCAUGGCGCGGAAUGGCGGAGUGGGCUCGAUCACCCGAGGGUCGCUCCGCCCUGGUCACCCGAGCGGAAUACGAUGAGAAAGGCUCGGAGUGGCUGAAAGAGCAUGCUUGGGGCAAUGUUCCGCCGUUCUAG